AUGCAGACUGCUGAUGCCGCUGGGUCGCACGACCCCUCCGAGAACACAUGGCCACAAUACAUCAAGGAGACCCUCCUGCCAUCCAUCACAACCUCCUCUGUGAACGAACGCACGCAGCUCCUCCACUUGCUCCUCGUCCGUAUCAAGCGCAAAGACUUGCCGGUCGAGUUGCUUCCUGGACUCCUCCAUGUUCUCUUCAUCUCAUACCCCCGUUACACUGACAGAGCCUCGCGUCUGACAAUGCUGGAUAUUCUGACCGAGCUUCAUGCUUGGAACGCCGAGGAGUUCUUGAAGCUCAUGGUCCCUGCCAUUCACAAGGAAGCCGAAAGAUUGUCAGCCAAGAGCAUAGACGGUGUCUACAUCACCGCAGCGACCAACCGCUUUGUCCUCUUGAACUGGGUGAACGUGCUGCUGAACAGCGUUUUGGGAUCAAAUUCAGAAACUCCUUCGCCGCACGCCAAGACCCUUGUUGGUUGCCAGGCCCUCCUCAUCGAUGGUUUGGUUGACGCCAACAAGAAGAGCGUCGCCCACGGAGCUAUUGGAGACGUCCGCCGCAGUAUUCGCAAGAAUGCGGCGUCCAUUCCAUUUUUCUUUGAGUACCUUACCUCGACUACGACUACACCCUCAUACCUCAACUCUGUAUUAUUGGGAGCUGUGGUUGAUGUCGCUCUUCGUCUCAAGCACAACACAGAGGUCGCAAAAGGAUACAUUUCAGCACACAAGGACGCCAUUGUCAAGUAUUACUUGACCAACUUGAUCUCGUCCAAGCAGGCAGUACCAGCCAGAUCCGCCAUCGCAUUCACUGACUUUAUCAAGAACUACGUGACGCUGGAUAUCUUUAAGGCCGAUUUCCUCCCAACCAUGGAGCGCCUUGUUCUUCGCGCCCCCGAGAUCGUCUUUGCCCUGUUGGUGCAUCUUGUGAAGGCUCUUUCAUUCGACCCAUCUUCGAUUUUCAGCUCAUCGCUUCAGGACCCUUUGUUGAAUGGAUUGCGCUCGACCUCGGAAUCUGUUCGCACUUCUUCCAACGCUUUGUUCAAGCAGUUGGCCGCGCAAAGCAAGGAGGAGGAGCACGUUUUGAAGGUUGUAACAGAAAUGACAAAGUUGCUCACAACUGGCAAGGUUGCAUUGCCCGACCACCGUGGUAUUUUCUACGACUGUCUCGGAAAAACCGCUGCAACCAAGUCAGAGGCUGUUUCCAUCAAGGCUCUUCAGGGAUUGAACACGAUGACUGCCAAGGAGUCUAACGAGGCCGCUGUCACUUUUGGCAUUGACGCCACGAUCUCGCACCUCCAGGUGCUUUUGGCUUCAGGAAAGGACGUACCCGAGGUUGCAGCCACGAUUAAGACUGGUGCUACUGCUCUCGGAAGCACUCGUGCUUCUCUCCGCAAGACCUGGGCUCGCGGCAUGGGCGAUCUGAUCUGGAAGGCCGAGUAUGCUCAGGAAUCUGUCAAGAGCGUCUCGCUGCUCAUGACUCCUUUAAUUGCCGCGUUCAACAACAUCCAGAAGGCACCAUUGACAUAUAAGGAUGGACCAUUGGAGGGCUACGUCGCAGUCGCUGCUGCUUACCGACUUUCCAAAGAGGGCGAUGCUCCCGCUCGCCAGCUCAUCAAGUCUGCUCUUGUCGUCUCCCCAAAGCCAUCUUUGGUUUUGUUUGACAAGGUUUACACCAAGCUGACCACUGCCGAAGAGGGCGUUUGGUUUGUGCAUGCUCUUGAGGCUUUGAUGGCUGAGAAGGACGCGUCAGAAGAGGCCAAGUUGGCCAUCGGAACAGGAUUCAUCUACUCCGCUGCUGCCUCCCCAUACGCAGAUGCUCGCAAGGAGGCUUUCCUUGCUCUCCAGCGCUGUGCCAAGAGCGAUGCCGGCAAUGUUGGCAACAUCAUCAGGGAGUCGCUUCUUCGCUGGGUCAACCUCCUCGAGACACCCGUCAAGGAUUCGACCCCUUUCCUUGCCGCUUCCAGCAUCUCGACUGAUCGUCACAUCGCCGCCUACCGCCUUUCAGAAAUCUUGUCCGCCAUCACCACCUACAACCCUGACGCAGACCAGAGCGUCAUGGCUAAGGUGGCAACAGAGCUGAUUGUUCUGUCCCACCACGAGGCCAUUGCCUCUCCCACUAAGAAGUACGACUGGAUGAGCAUGGUUCAGCGUGCCAGACUUGACCCUGGACGCCUCGUUUCGGACUAUGAGGAUCGCAUUAAUGAGCUUGUGAUGGCCGCCGCCAGCCUGGAUUCGACUUCGCCCUUGAUGUACAAGGCCGCCAUGUCCACUAUCUCCAGUCUUGUCUUCAUCGCUCCCUCGUCCAUGAUCCCCAUUUUUAUCGGUCACCUUGAGCAGGAUCUUGAUUCCAGUCUUUUGGACAGGAUUGGCGAACAGGAAAUUGGUAUUUGGAAGCACCCCGAGGGCGAGCUCUUCGUCGACGUCUUGAAGGGCAUGAAGAAACAGGGCGGCGCCGACCGCAGCCGCCCCGCAUUUGACGAGCAAAAGUUCAACCGCGAUGUCAGGAAGGCUCUAUCUGCAAAGAAGCCCGCUGCUACAGCUGCUACCUCUUCUACACCCAAGUUGACCAGGGACGAACAGGCCACAGUUGAUGCCCAGCUUGCAAAGGAGUCUGCCAUCCGCAAGAACGUCCAGAAUACGUAUGUCCACUUGAUGCGUGGUCUUGCCACCAUUCGCGCCCUUGUUGAUGGUAACGCUGAGGAGUUGACCGCCAGACUUGUCGAGCUAGUCCGUCUUUUGUUGAACGGAGUUGUGAAGCGCGGUGGUCCCUUGGUCGGUUCUAUCGCCGUUGACACCUAUCUGACCCUUGGUCGCUGUGUCUCGGACCGUCUUGACAGCAUCCGCAUGCCUUUGGCCUUGGCUACUCUUCGCAGUUUGGAUGUGAAGGAGGUUCCUGAGAACUGGACAGAAGAGUCAUUGGAGAACCUCGUUUCGCGUGUCCUCUACCGUCUCCGCUUCGUCACUGAGAAGCAAGCCUUGCUUCCUUCCAGCUUUGCCUACUGUUUCCCUCUGAUCCAUAAGGUCCUCCAGAGCGGCGGUAUUGUCAGCCCUGACAAGUCGUCCGCUGAUGCCAAGGAGGUUUCUCAGGAGCAGGUCCAGAUCGCCGUCGACGUUGUUUCGUACCACGCUCUUUCUGGAGCCUCGGAUUCUUUGCCUCGCAAGGAGAUGAUUGACUCUCUCCUUUCCAUCAUCAAGGAGUACCCUCAGCUUGCCAAGACUGCCAGAACCUCCUUGGGUGAUUUGACCCACUCCAUGGGCGAGUCCGCAACCUUGGACGAGAUUAACGUUCUCCUUGGUGGUCUUCUCUACAACGAGACCUUGGUCCGUCAAGCGGCCUUGGGCGCUCUCGAGCCAUUGGAGUUGACUGUCAUCGACUUUUCGCGCGAGCUUUGGACAGCCUGUUACGACGAUGAUACCACCAAUGCCAAGCUGGCCUUUGAGCUCUGGGAGGACAACGGUAUGGAGGUCGAGCCCACUUACGCGGACGCUUUGCUUCCAUACGUCAUUCACGAGAAUGGCUUUGUUCGCCAGGCCGCAGGAAAGGCCAUCGCUGGUGCCGUCAAGUUAUACCCUGACACUGUUUCAGCCACUUUGGGAGCUAUCUACAUCGUGUACCAUGAGAAGGCCCAGCCCAUUGUUCCUCAGUACAACGAGUAUGGUCUCUUGAUCCAGGAGUCCCUCAGCCGUCUGGAUCCCACUGAUCAGCGAUUCGGACUGUCGCAGGCUUUGAAGCACAUUGCUCCUCUCAUGACUGCUGCCGAUCUCCAGCCCUUUGCCGAGUUUUUGAUCCGCCAGGACGCAUUGGGUGAUCGCAGUGGCGAUGUUCGUCAGGGUAUGUUGGAUGCUGGUUUGGCCAUGAUUACCGCCCACGGUGCCGAGAACGUCCACGCCUUGAUCCCCGUCUUUGAGAACUACCUCUCCGAGCCCGCUCGUAACUCUGAGACCCAGGAUCGUAUUCGUGAGUCUGCCGUCAUUUUGUUCGGUGCUCUCGCUCGUCACUUGGAGACCUCUUCUCCCAAGAUUCCCUCGGCCGUUCAGAAGCUCAUCGAGACCCUCAACACGCCUUCAGAACCUGUCCAGGUUGCUGUCGCCAACUGCUUGCCCGGUUUGGUCAAGUGCAUCCCCGACCAGGUCCCUGAACUUCUCAAGACUUUGAUGGACAAGACUUUCCACUCCAAGAAGUACUCUGAGCGCCGUGGUGCUGCUUACGGUCUUGCCGGUGUCAUCAAGGGCCGUGGUAUCUCUGCACUUAAGGAAUUCUCUGUCAUGGCCUCCUUGAAGGCCGCUGUCGACGACAAGAAGGAUGCCCAUGCUCGUGAGGGUGCCAUGAUUGCCUUCGAGACCCUCUCCCAGACUCUCGGCCGCCUCUUCGAGCCCUAUAUCAUCCAGAUUUUGCCCUUAUUGCUUGUCUGCUUUGGUGACGCCGUCAGCGAUGUUCGUCAGGCUACUGCUGAGACCUCCCGUGCCAUCAUGGGCAAGCUUUCAGGCCACUGUGUCAAGCUGAUCAUGCCCUCGUUGAUGGCUGGCUUGGACGACCGCCAGUGGCGCACCAAGAAGGGAUCCGUCGAACUCUUGGGAUCCAUGGCUUUCCUUGCCCCUAAGCAGUUAUCCAUCUCCUUGCCCACUAUCAUUCCCCGUCUCUCGGAUGUCUUGACAGACUCUCACACCGCCGUCCAGGAUGCUGCCCGUCUUGCCUUGACCCAGUUCGGUGAGGUUAUCUCGAACCCCGAGAUCCAGGAUCUUGUCCCUAUCAUGAUGGCCGCUCUUUGCGACCCUAACAGCAAGACUCAUCCAGCCUUGACCGCCUUGUUGGGAACCUCGUUCGUCCAUUACAUCGAUUCUCCCUCGCUGGCAUUGGUCAUGCCCAUCUUGGAGCGUGGUCUUCGCGAGCGUGCUACCGACAUUAAGAAGAAAGCUUCUCAGAUUGUCGGAAACAUGGCGUCUUUGACUGACCAGAAGGAUCUCAUUCCUUACUUGCCCCGUCUUUUGCCUGGCGUCAAGGAGGUCCUCAUUGACCCCGUCCCCGAUGCAAGAGCUACUGCUGCCAAGGCUUUGGGAACAUUGGUCGAGAAGCUUGGUGAGUCCAACUUCCCCAACUUGGUUCACGAGCUCGUGGAUACCCUCAAGUCCGACACCUCUGGAGUCGAUCGCCAGGGAGCUGCUCAGGGCCUGUCUGAGGUCUUGGCUGGUCUUGGUUUGGAGCGCCUGGAGGGCUUGCUUCCCGAAAUUAUCAUCAACACCGACUCGCCUAAGUCGUACAUUCGCGAGGGUUUCAUCUCGUUGCUUGUUUACCUUCCUGCCACCUUUGGUCAGCGCUUCCAGCCUUACCUCGGUCGCAUUAUUCCUCCAAUUUUGAUGGGUCUUGCCGACGAGUCCGAGUACGUCCGUGAGGCCUCGUUGAAGGCCGGUCAGAUGAUCAUCAACAACUAUGCCACUAAGGCCGUCGACCUGCUCUUGCCCGAGCUCGAGCGUGGUCUGUUCGACGACAACUGGCGUAUUCGCCAGUCUUCCGUCCAGCUCAUGGGUGAUCUCCUGUUCCGCAUCACCGGCACGAGCAAGCAGGCUGGCGUUGACGGUGAGGAUGAGGGUGAGGAAGAUGCUCCCGAGGACUUUGGUCACUCUGACAACAUCCGCAAGAAGUUGCUCGAGGUUCUCGGUCGCGACCGCAGAGACCGUGUCCUGGCGUCUUUGUACAUUGUUCGCGCCGAUGGCUCUGCUAUUGUUCGCCACGCCACGCUUACUGUCUGGAAGUCGUUGGUGACCAACACUCCACGUACCUUGAGAGAGAUCUUGCCCACGAUCAUGUCGAUGAUUAUUCGUAACUUGGCAUCGACCUCGUACGAUCGUCGCAUGGUUGCUGCCCGUACCUUGGGUGACUUGGUCCGCAAGUUGGGUGAGGCUGUCUUGUCCGAGAUUAUCCCCAUCCUGGAGGCCGGUCUCGAGAGCCCCGAGAGCGACACUCGCCAGGGUGUCUGCAUUGGUCUUUCUGAGAUCAUGGCCACUGCCGGCAAAGUCCACGUUACCGACUAUGUCGACUCGAUCAUCCCUGCUGUCCGCAAGGCUCUUCUCGACGAGUCCCCUGAUGUCCGUGAGGCUGCUGCUCAGGCUUUCGAUACUCUUCACCAGUGCGUUGGUCCCAAGGCCAUUGACGAGAUUUUGCCUUCCCUUUUGGCCAACCUCCAGACCGGCGACAAGUCCGAGUACGCCUUGGAGGGUCUCAAGGAGAUUAUGGCUGUCAGAUCCAACGUCGUUUUCCCUGUCUUGAUUCCUACUUUGAUUGCCCAGCCCAUCACUGCAUUCAAUGCUCGUGCCUUGGGAUCCCUUGUGUCUGUGGCCGGAACUGCCUUGAACCGCCGCCUGACCAACAUUUUGGCUGCGUUGAUUCAAUCGCAGGUGAACGAAACUGACCCUGAUACCCUAGAGGCUUUGGAGACCACCAUCUGCGCCCUUCUUCAAUCGAUCGACAACGCUGACGGUGCCCACACUCUGAUGAUGAUGUUGUUCGAGCUCGUCAAGUCUGAGGAUGCCUCCAAGCGUGCUUCUGGAUGCAACAUUCUUGCCACGUUCUGCGCCGAGUCGACUCAGGAUAUUUCCCGCUACGUCUCUGACUGGAUUCGUGUCUUGAUCAACUUGCUGGACGACCGCACCCACGCCGUUGUCGUUGCUGCCUUGGCUGCCUUGAACGCUGUCACUCGCACUGUUCGCAAGGAUGAGUUGGAGGGGUUGGUGCAGUCGGUCCGUCGUUCCGUUCGUGCCGUCGGUAUGCCUGGCGUGGAUCUGCCCGGUUUCUGCUUGCCCAAGGGUAUUGCUCCCCUGUUGCCCAUCUUCUUGCAGGGUCUUAUGAACGGAUCGAACUCUAUUCGUGAAGCUUCUUCUCUUGCCAUUGGUGACUUGAUCCAGCGCACCUCUGCCGAUGCUCUUAAGCCCUUCGUUACCCAGAUCACUGGUCCAUUGAUUCGUAUUGUCGGAGACCGCCACACUGGCGAGGUCAAGAGUGCCAUUCUGAGCACCCUCAGCUUGUUGCUCCAGAAGGUUCCUGCUCACCUCAAGCCCUUCUUGCCUCAGCUGCAGCGUACCUUUAUCAAGUCCUUGACCGAUCCGACCUCGGCCACUGUCCGUACUCGUGCUGCCGCUGCCUUGGCUAUCCUCAUUUCGCUUCAGUCUAGAGUUGAUCCUUUGGUGACCGAGUUGGUCGCCGGUAUCAAGUCUAGCGAGACUGGCGUUAAGGAGACUGUCAUGGGUGCACUCGAGAGCGUUGUUAGCAAGAUUGGUAGCGGCAUGAGCGACGUCGCCAAGCGCGCCGUUAUUGGUGUCGUCAUGGAGGGCAUGGAUGCCAACAACUCUGAAUCGAUGUGGUUGGCCUCUGCAAAGUUGUUGGGCGCUUUCUGCAAGCAUCAGAGUGCUGAGGAUGCCUCCUACUUGAUCCAGACCCAGAUCUUGGGCGAUGCCGUUCCUCUCAGCGGAGCUAUGCUUGCUAUCAACUCUGUCCUUGUCGAGUCGCCCCAGCUGUUCAUUGAGACCGGUCACGUUCAGGAGAUUGCCAACGCCGCCUUGGCCGCUAUCCCCAACCCCAUUGAGAGCAGUUCGACUGCCGGAGUGUUGGCUAUCGGCAAGAUGAUGACCAGCGAGGCCUAUCAGGCCGACCAGGAGUUGACUGGUGAGCUGAUCAAGAAGCUGAGCCAGCACUUGACCCAGGAUAUCAACGUUGAAUCCAAGCGUUUGAUCCUUGUCUGCCUCCGCGCUGUUGCCCGUCAGACCCCUUGGUUGAUGGAGCCUCACUUGAGCCACGUUGUGCCAUUGAUGAUGACCUCUGUCCGCGAGCGUGUCAUCCCUAUCAAGCUGGCUGCCGAGAGAGCCUUGUUGUUUUCGCUUCAGUUGCAGAAGGACGAUUCAGUCUACCAAGCGUACUUGGGCACCAUCGACGCUGCUGCCAGCAGAGCGUUGGUAGAUUACCACCGCCGUAUCUUGUCCAAAUUGGCGAUUAACGAAAGGGCUCGUUUGGAGCAGUUGCAUGGUCAGGAGGAUGCUGAUGCCAUUGAGGAGGAUUCUGAGGUCUACUCUGUUGGAGGUUUGAACCUCGGUACCAAGGAUGACGAGUAG